UUCAAAGUUGGUGAGACAUACGCACCCUCCUCCCUCAGCUUGUGUUUCACAGAAAACUUAGAGAGAGACUCCUUUCCUACACAGACGUUGAAUCCACCCAGCAUGCACCUCUUAAUUCUCCCUCCAUAUUACAAUUUUACCCCCCCUUCCUUCUUUGAUUCCCAUGUUUUUAUUCCUCUGCCUCGCUCACCUCUCUCUCCGCCUUUGAGCUCCUGUGUUCAUGGCCGUCUCCGAUGUCGACGCCGUCAUCGAGUUCUUGAGGAAGAAUGGAUUCUCAGAGGCUGAGUCUGCCCUCAGACAGGACAUCACUGAAAAAGGUGAUCUGCGAUCCUUUGACUACGAGAAAUUCUUCUUCCCUAUGGUGCCUCCGCCGCCGCCGGUCAGGGUCCGAUCGUGUUGUCGGCCGUCCCUCACAGACUGCUCCUCGGAAGAUGAGUUUGUGAGCUUGAGUUCUUCUACUUCUGAUGUUUGCUCUUCGGAAUUCAUCAAUCCAUAUGGAAUCCGUUCCGCGUCUCAGAAUGAUUCUGAAUCUUCAGCUGAUAGGCUAUCCCAAUUUGGAACUGCACGAGAUCACCAUGAAUUCGAUUUGCAAAACGAAUCAUAUUGGUACAACGAGAAAGAUGAUGACAAUUUCAUGACUCCAAGCUAUGAAGGGCCGGAUUUUUUUAGCUCUCCAACUGAGGACAAGUUCAUAACGACAUCAGAAAUGGACAAUCAGCACGAGAAUCCCCUGAAUAUUGGUUACAUCUCCGAAGGAUUUCAAUCAGAGGAAAAUGGUGACUGUAUAGACAAGACAUGCCUUCCCAAUAAUUUCUUUGGAGGGGAUCGAAGUGAUACUGUUACCUAUUCUGAAGACCAUCGUGGUGUGGAUGAGAAAAAUCAGCUCAAGGCAGGAUUAUUGGAAAAGGAAAUUCAUCUGAAUGAUUCUCACUCGAAGGUUGGUGGGAAAUUUUCUGGCCAUGGUUCUGCCCUGGAAAAUAGUAUGGAUCAAACGUUUGACUUUUAUACAAGCAAUGAUAUUAGUAAAGGGAAUAAAGAUUCCUAUGGCCUGACGAUUGAAGUUGCUGGAAUCAACAGCUUGGAAGCUCGAGAUGAUAGAGGAUUAGCCGAUGAAUGUCAUGAAUCAGAUGAUGCUGCAGAUAUCACUGAUGAUGAACUGAUAAAGUACAUUCCUGAGGAUGACUACGAAGUAUUUGACUUGAGAAUUAUUCAUAGGAAAAACAGGACUGGAUUUGAAGAAAGCAAGGAUCUUCCGAUUGUACUAAAUACAGUUAUUGCCGGCAGAUACUACAUAACAGCUUAUCUUGGUUCAGCAGCCUUCAGUAAGGUUGUUCAGGCACAUGAUCUUCACAUGGGAGUGGAUGUUUGCUUGAAGAUCAUAAAAAAUGACAAAGAUUUCUUCGAUCAAAGCCUAGAUGAAAUCAAGCUUCUUAAGCUUGUCAAUAAGCAUGACCCAGCUGAUCGGUUCCACAUACUGCGUCUUUAUGACUACUUUUAUAAUCAGGAACAUCUAUUCAUUGUUACUGAGCUUCUGCGAGCAAACUUAUAUGAAUUUCAGAAAUUCAACCAAGAAUCUGGCGGUGAAGCAUAUUUUACAAUGAGCAGGUUGCAGCACAUUACUCAUCAAUGUUUGGAGGCGUUGCACUACUUGCAUAGCUUAGGAAUCAUUCACUGUGACCUGAAACCAGAAAACAUCCUGAUAAAAAGUUACAAAAGAUGUGAGAUCAAGGUCAUUGAUCUGGGAAGCAGUUGCUUUCAAACGGACAACUUGUGUCUGUACGUGCAAUCGCGAUCCUACAGGGCUCCUGAAGUGAUACUAGGGCUCCAGUACGAUGAAAAAAUUGAUAUAUGGUCCCUCGGCUGCAUCUUAGCCGAACUAUGCUCUGGUGAAGUGCUCUUUCCAAACGACGCAGUUGUCAUGAUACUUGCACGUAUGAUUGGAAUGCUUGGUCCUAUUGAUCUUGAGAUGUUGGUCAAAGGACAGGAGGCUCACAAGUACUUCACCGAGGAAUUUGAUAUUUAUCAUGUCAACGAGGAGACAGAUCAAGUUGAGUAUAUAAUUCCAGAGGAGUCAUCGUUGGAGCAGCAUUUGCAAGUUACGGAUACUUUGUUCAUAGACUUUGUAAGAUGCUUGCUUAGCAUAAACCCUAAAACAAGGCCUACUGCAACCCAGGCGUUGAGACAUCCAUGGCUUUCUUAUGUUUACAAGUCCAAGGACAAGAAUGUUCUCAGAUUCUGAUGGGGUUGUCUAUAUUUAUAUUUAUCAGAGCUUGCAAAGGCUUGCAAUCACAA